AUGGGCGGAAAGUCCAUCACCAUGCCCGUGUCCGACUUUAUGGCCAAGUUUGCGCCAGAAACGACUACAGUUGCUGCUCAGGCCAGAGCAGACUUCAACAACGCCUUCAAGAACGUACGGAGCCACACUCUGGCUAAAUGCGCGAAAAACGCUGGCAUUUGUCCGGAGUAUACGAUGAAUUAUAUGCGGAGGGACGCCCAUCUGCCCAAGUCCAGUGUCUGGUCUGCGUUGUUCCGAGAUACUGACAAUGUCCUAGCGGACGAGACCGCACACUGGACACGUCCACGUUUGCUAUUUCUGUUCAAGAAUCACAUUACUGAAGACGACCCGUUCGAAAGUGAGCCGGCAGGAUACUCCUCGUCUGCACCUUUGGAAUCAGCAUCAACCGAGGACAAAGCCGAAGACAGUUUCGAAUUAACGAAGAUCUCAACUGCUGCGCGUGGGGCUGCCACUCGAGGGCAGAUUAUCUCUGGCGCGAAAAUGCUCUUCUCACGCCAGCAUCGGUGCUUCGCCUUCACGAUUCUGCUCCUCCGCGAUUUCGCGCGGAUUAUUCGCUGGGACAGGGCCGGUGCUAUUUCCACGAAUAGGUUCCAGUACACAAACACCGAGUACCUUGCCAAGUUUAUGUGGCGAUUCUGUAACAUGACCGACAAACAGCAAGGGUAUGAUACGACAGCCGUUGCGGUGGAGCCCGGAUCGGUUGACUACAAGCUUAUGAGGCAGGUGGCCCAGAAUCCGCCCAAAGGUGCUGGCUCCGAAUAUGCGAGGCAAUCGUUCGCCAAGUCUAUGCCUGAUUUCUCGAAGGAGAGUCCUGAUGACUGGUCAUGUUGGAAAAUGACCAUACAUCCGGAAGAGGGAAAGGCAACAGACGGCUCACACUCUCAGACUCCGGGCAUGAAUAAGCCUCGUUCACUACAUUUUUUGGUCGGCAAGCCUCACUUUCGUGCAUCAGGCUUGACGGGCCGCGCGACGCGAGGCUACAUUGCGUACAACUACCAGGACGAGAAGUUCGUCUUCCUCAAGGAUGUGUGGCGCGUGGAUCUGCCGGAUAUCGAGAAGGAGGGAAACAUCAUCCAGUCUCUCAACAAGGCAAAGGUUGAAAAUGUCCCUACUGUCGUGUGCCACGGGGAUGUCAUAGAGGUGGUAGAGGGUCAGGUUGUGCACUUGGAACAACAACGGACGAAGACGGCCGCCUACCUGCGUGGGUCCUAUAGUGGUGGUCAAAUGAACCCGAUCAAGACCUACACGCAUUACCGCCUCGUCGUGGAAGAAAUCUGUCGGCCUUUGAAGCAUUUCGAAAAUACUGUCGAGCUGACGAGGAUGAUAGCGGAUGGCAUCAAUGCCCAUCAGCAGGCCUUGGAAAAAGUCGGGAUAAUUCAUCUGGACGUGAGCGCGGGAAAUAUCCUGAUAAAUGAGACCCUCAUUCCGUUUGAUGGCGAGCUUCACCUCUGGAGGGUCGGAAUGUUAUGCGAUUGGGAACUGGCCAAAUCGAUUGACUACGAAGUCACUAAAAAGGAAGUCGUCGACGAAACAAGAGGUUAUAGUAAGAAGGCACCACAGCUUCCUCAUGCAGGGACAUGGCAGUUCAUGUCGGCCAUCCUACUAGACUCGCCCUCUAGGCCGGUUGAAGUUGCAGACGAGCUCGAAGCCUUCUUCAACGUCUUUUUGUUCCACCUCAUCAAAUUCACGAACAGUUCCAUCGACAAACCGGCGUAUUUUAUUACACAGUAUUUUGAUGAAUGCAAUGCCAGCAACCGUGGGACUCACUACGCCUGUGGGACAGCCAAGAGAAACGCGAUGCAGUCUGGAACGCUGCAGAUAACCAUGGACCAAACUGUCAAGUUCUUUUACAACGAUGGGAAGACACUCCAUCCCUGCAAUAAUCUAGUUGGCGAGAUAUUGGGAUGGUUCAAAGCACGAUAUGCACAUCUUUCGCCCGACGAUUGGGUCCAUGGAACUGCCACUUUAAAUGAUCAAUCCCAGGCUGCGGAAGAUCACUCAGAAGGUGCUGCCGUAAGAAAUAAUGUUGCGAUUUCUGUUGCAGACCACAUGCGCCAGCAGAUUAUGGCCGGACGUGGUUCGGAAUUCGCAACCCGGGAAUCCCAGGAAAGAACACCGGAUUUCAAUAGGAAAAUCCGAGAGAUGAGUAGACCUUUCGCCGAGAACUUGAAGACUCAUGGCCCCAUGUACCGGUUGUUCAUGAAUGUCUUCCUCAAACAUGCUGACGAAUGGCCGAAACGAGAUAAGGUGCCCAACAGACUUUUAUCGGAUGACUGUCCCCCCUACGAGGAGAAACGCGUGGAACGUCCUGUGGCUACAGUUGUGUUACCUGGCUCGAAGCGCCAGCCAGGGGCGGAUCUGCAGAGGUCCCGCCAGAGCAAGCGUUGCAAAAUCAGCUGA